CACUUCCCUCUGUCUUCCUUUCUCUCCUGCCUUCUCUUCUUGCAGUUUCCCCCAUCCACUCGCUACACUUUGAAAAGGCACAUCUGCAGUCAUUUCAUCAAUUUUGUUUUCCUUCAGUUAUAAUUCAGCUCACUUGGGUGGACUGCUGCUUUUGUUUGUACCUUGGGCUAGCCUUCUCUUAGCGGUGCAACAGGGGCUGUCUUCAGAUACCAGCGUGCUCUCUCGCUUUGCUUUGCGAGAAUUGGGGGGGUUGAUGGGGUGGGUUGCUUAAUGAGUGUUGUUCCAUAGCACCUCUUGAGAAGGGUGAACAAUCAAAAAGUCGGGGGGAGAGAGGGACGGCAGGCAGAGGGGUUUGGAGUGGAAGAGUGGUGGAGCAGCUCCGGCUGUGAGGAGAAUGGUUAUGCCGGGUCCUCAUGCUCUGCUUGUGCUGCUGCUCCAAAGGCUGUGUGACAUUCAGGUACAGCCCUGCCUCUGCUCGACAUGAGCCUCGCAGGAAGGGUGUCCUGCUCCAUGCUCAACUGCUUUGGUGAAGAGGGGCCUCCCAGUCUGGAAUACAUCAAGGCCAAGGACCUGUUCCCCCAGAAGGACCUGGUGAAGGAGGAUGAAAGCCUUCAGGUGCCAUUCCCAGUUCUUCAGGGGGAAGGUGUGGAAUAUCUUGGCCGUGCUGAUGAAUCCAUCAUUGCCAUUUCUAACUACAGGCUCCACAUCAAGUUUAAGGACUCCGUCAUCAAUACCUACCCAGGUGUGGACAAUGAGAUAUCUGUGCCUCUCCGGUUGAUAGAGAGUGUGGAGAGCAGAGACAUGUUUCAGCUGCACAUCAUCUGCAAAGACUCCAAAGUUGUUAGAUGCCACUUUGCAACAUUCAAGCAGUGCCAGGAGUGGGUCAAGCGUCUGAACCAGGUCAUAGCUCACCCGUCGCGGCUGGAGGACCUAUUUGCCCUGGCCUAUCAUGCGUGGUGUCUAGGAGGUAGCACUGACGAUGAGGACCAGCACGUUCAUCUCUGUCGCCCAGGUGAUCACGUGCGUCAUAGAACAGAAAUGGAGGUCAAGAGGAUGGGCUUUGACAUGCAGAACAUCUGGAGAGUGUCAGACUUAAACUGCAACUACAAGCUGUGCUCCAGCUACCCGCAGAAGCUUCUGGUUCCAAUAUGGAUCACUGACAAGGAGCUGGAGAGUGUGGCUUCCUUCAGAUCCUGGAAGAGGAUCCCUGUGGUGGUCUACAGGCACCAGAGGAACGGGGCAGUGAUCGCCCGCUGUAGCCAGCCUGAGAUCAGCUGGUGGGGCUGGAGGAACACAGAUGAUGAGUAUCUGGUGAAGUCAAUUGCCAAGGCCUGCCAAAUGGAUGUUGGAGCCAAGGGUACCUGUGGACAAUUGGCCUGCCUACAACGUGGGGAAGCUCCUGACUCUUCAGAUAGUGAUUUUGACUCCACUCUGACAGGCUGCGAUGACAACUCUGUGCCACAGAAGCUACUGAUUCUGGAUGCUCGGUCAUACACCGCUGCCGUGGCCAACCGAGCCAAGGGUGGAGGCUGUGAAUGUGAAGAGUACUACCCCAACUGCGAGGUGAUGUUCAUGGGAAUGGCCAACAUCCAUGCUAUCCGGAACAGCUUCCAGGCUCUGAGGGCAGUCUGCAGUCAGAUCCCGGAUCCAGGAAACUGGCUUUCAGCCCUUGAAAGCACCCGCUGGCUGCAGCACCUGUCUGUCAUGUUGAAGGCAGCCGCUCUAGUGUGUUCAGCGGUGGAGAGGGAAGGCCGUCCUGUCCUGGUGCACUGUUCAGACGGGUGGGAUCGCACACCCCAGAUUGUAGCCCUUGCCAAGAUUCUGCUGGACCCCUACUACAGGACAAUAGAAGGUUUUCAAGUGCUUAUAGAGACCGAGUGGUUGGACUAUGGUCAUAAAUUUGGGGACCGCUGUGGCCACCAGGAGAAUGCUGAUGACGUGAGCGAGCAGUGUCCAGUCUUCCUGCAGUGGCUGGACUGCAUUCACCAGCUGCUCAAACAGUUCCCCUGCCUCUUUGAGUUCAACGAGGCCUUCCUGGUCAAACUGGUGCAGCACACAUACUCAUGUCUUUACGGCACGUUUCUGUGUAACAAUGCUCGUGAGAGGGAGGUGAGGAACAUCUACAAACGCACCUGCUCUGUCUGGUCCCUGCUUCGUACAGGAAACAAGAACUUCCAGAACUUCCUCUAUAUCCCCAGUCAUGAUAUGGUGCUACAGCCAGUAUGCCACACUCGGGCAUUACAGCUGUGGACAGCUGUUUACCUGCCCACCUCCUCCCCCUGCACUGCUGUAGAUGAUUCUAUGGAGCUCUACCUCCCCCCAGGUGUCCCAGGAGAUGAACUCACCUCCCGUUCUUUGGACAGACUUCCCAAAACCCGCUCCAUGGACAACCUGCUGUCAGCUCUUGAGAAUGGGGUGCCCCUGACUCGUACAUCCAGCGACCCCAAUAUCAAUAAACACUGCCAAGAGGAUCGCUCUGCCCUGGAGCCAUCACCCGCUACGGAGGAAACCUCCGCAGACUGCUCUACCGAGGUCAUACCUGACACUGGACUGGACAGCGGUGAGGGGGAACCUCUACAUCACAGUCCUGCCAAAACCCCAGAGAGUGUCCCAGGUACAGAGAGUUAUAAAGACAUGCUAGAAGAGCCCUGUCUCACCACACAGCCCUUGCCCUCUCUGCCCCUUCCUCCUGUCCCCAUCAGUAAGGACAUCACACUUGCUCACACUCCCUACACUAGUCCUGUCCUCCAGCAGGCUUUGCCUCAGAUCACAAACCUUCCACUCCGACCACCUCUGCAGGAGACUGAGGGCCCUUGUAGGACUGCUGAGAACACCAGGUCACCCACUCAUAAAUCAGAGCCAUGCUUACCUCUCCCCUGCAACAGCACCCAACCUGGAGCCACCACACCCGCUUCACUGCUCAAUGGUCACAUUAACAGCCAUGAAAACAGCUUCCCAGAAUCUGCAGGCCUGUUGACUCUGAAGCAGCUCACACCACUCCAUCCAAUGGAGGACUCCACUGAAACUCUGACAGAAGAGGGAGAGCUUCCACCAACCCUGCACCUUACAGUGAGCAAGAAUCCUACCCAGAAUCAUUUUAAUGAUGAUUCACAGCCCCAGAAGGAGAAGGAUGGCACAAGGACAGAUGUAAUGAAAGGAAGAGAGCGUGUGUUAACAACUAUAGCAUCUCCUCUAGACUGCACCCAGGUAGCAGCUCACCACCUGAUCUCCCAGAGCCAGCUCUCAGAUCUUUCUGUGCUUGGCUGCCAUUGGGAAAGUGUCCAGGGUCUGGCCCAGUCCGCCUGCUGCACUACCAAUCACUGUGGCAUCAGCCGGACCUUGCAACCCAACACUUAUCAGAGCCGUCGGCUUGUCAGUAAGUUGCUCCGUGCCCAGGGCUUCGCUAUCACCAAUGGGUCCCAGUGCUGCCGCAGGGAAGCACUUUGUUGUCUGAGCAGCCCUCUGCAGCCUGGAUGGCCAUCUGCGGCCAGGUGUGCCGGCUACACUGCCCUGUGUGGGCCUGCGACCUCUGCCCUCAACAGCUACUCCCUGGCAGGCCACCAGCUUCAGCCAGUGUCAUACUCAUCACCUUCCACUUCUAGCUCCCCUCCCCCACCACAGACCCCUGCUUACCUUGACGAUGAUGGUCUGCCAGUGCCCAUGGACGCCGUGCAGCAGAGACUGCGGCAGAUUGAGGCAGGUUAUAAGCAGGAGGUGGAAGUUCUGCGGCAGCAGGUGCGACAGCUGCAGAUGAGGCUAGAGAGUAAACAGUAUAGCACCCCACCAUCAGAGGCAGACAUCGACUAUGAGGAUGACAUUACGUGUCUGCGGGAAUCAGACAGCAGCAACGAGGAGGAUUCUCUGUCCACCCACAGUGAGGACCGUCUGUCUGAGGGCAGCUGGGACCGAGUGGAGCGUAAGGACACAGAGGUCACAAGGUGGGUGCCCGACCACAUGGCCUCCCAUUGUUUCAAUUGUGACUGUGAGUUCUGGAUAGCCAAGAGACGUCACCACUGCAGGAACUGUGGCAAUGUGUUCUGUAAAGACUGUUGUCAUCUGAAGCUGCCCAUCCCAGACCAGCAGCUGUAUGACCCAGUGCUGGUCUGCAACACCUGCCACGACUUGCUCUUGGAGUCCCGCACCCGCGAGAUCCGCAGUCAGCAGCUCAAGAAGGCCAUCGCCACAGCCUCCAGCUGAGAGAGCAUCGUGUAGCGUGGCCCACCUUGGCUCUGUCCUCCUCGUGUUGGACUGAGGAGCUGAGCGACUCAUUGUAACCCCAACCUGCUGCAGAGGAGGGGGGGAAGAUGAGGAAGAAUUGUUACUGUUUGAGAGGCGCGGUUUGGAAACGGCGAUGCA